AUGAGAAAUAUCACCCAAUUACUUUGCCAAAUCCAUCACCCAAAUCUUGUAUCACUCAUCGGAUUCUGCUAUGACGAAAAUGAGAUGAUUCUAGUCUAUGAAUACAUGGACAAUGUAACCCUCCUUGACCGUGUCUGCAACGCAAACAUGGAUCUACUCCAAUGGAAGUUGAGGCUCAAAAUCUGUAUUGGUGUGGCCAGGGGAUUGCACUAUCUCCACACUGGAGUUAAGCAGGGAAUUGUCAACCGUCGCGUGAAAGAAGGAGAUUAUACAAAUGAAAUGCGACCGAAGAUCAUGAAGCAUGAUCUGGACUAUUUUGGUCCAGAGCAUUAUGUCAAGCAUGCAGUUACAGAAAAAUCAGAUGUCUACUCAUUCGGAGUUGUGCUAUUUAAAGUAUUGUGUUCUAAGAAAGCAAUAGAUGUCAACUUACAAGGAGGCCUUGGCGAUCUAGCGAGAUGGGCAGUCGAAUGCAUUCGAGAUGAAACUCUCUUUGACAUGAUUGAUCCAUACUUGCUGGGAAAAAUAGCUCCAAAGUGUCUGAUGAAGUUUGUGGAGAUUGCAUUGAGUUGUAUUCGACCACCGCGAUAUGAAUAG